AUGAUUUACCUCCUGACACUUGCUGGGAAUGUGGUGAUCAUUGCCAUCACCUGGGCUGACCACCGCCUCCACACCCCCAUGUACUUCUUUCUCAGGAGCUUCUCCUUCCUUGAGAUCUGUUUCACCAGCGUCAUCGUCCGUGAGAAGCUGGCCAAUUUUGUCUCAGAGGACAAGACCAUCUCCUUCACAGGCUGCAUCACCCAGGCCUUUUUCUACUUCUCCCUGGGAGUCUCUGAGUUCCUUCUCUUGGCAGCUAUGUCUGUGGAUCACUACGUGGCCAUUUGUUACCCGCUGCGCUACAUGGCCAUCAUGAGCGGCAGGGUCUGCACCUUCAUGGUGCUUACUUCUUGGUUUGGUGGUUUCUUCUUCAUCAUUGGCCUAAUCAUGAUGAUCUCCCGGCUCUCCUUCUGCGGCCCCAACGUCCUCAACCAUUUCUUCUGUGACCUGGGGUCCCUUGUCAGCCUCUCGUGCUCCAAAACACACCUGGUGGAAUCAAUGGACUUCCUGGUAGCAGCUGUUGUUUUGCUGGGUUUUUUGGUCAUCACCGCGGUCUCCUAUUCCUACAUUGUUGCUACCGUCAUCCGCAUCCCCUCAGCCAAAGUGCGAAGUAAGGCCUUCCCCACCUGCUCUUCACACAUCACCGUCCUAAGCAUCGUCUUUGGCAGCUGGCCAUGGUCAGAAGACAGGAUACUAGGCUAA